GACAUUCAUCGUAAGAAAGUAUUCGUCGCCUGAUAUAUUUAAUCUAUGUAUCGAACUGAACUUGCCACGCUGAGAUAAACUCUUAGAAAAGCCUGCUUGUCGAUCUCAACCCUGCGUGGUCGAGCCCAACAAUAAGCUGUUCGUGGCAGAAGGAAGGCGAAAAGGGCCGAUCGUACGACCAGAAACCCCCGUCCUCUUCCACCGGAGGACGGCCGGGUGGGUGGGCUUCUUGUUCCGCCCUCUUCCGUGACGAAUGGAUCGGUAUGGGUGGUUGAUAUCCCUCGUUCCCCAGAGCAAUUCGAUCCCCAGGACCUUGCUCGUGGUUCUCCUCUUGUACUCCUUCACGUCGCAGUUCCUCCCGAUCGAGCCCUACCUCGUCCCCUACCUCACCUCCGUCAAGAAUUUCACCAAUUACCAGGUCGCAAAUAGCAUAUUUCCUGUAAGUGUCUAUGCUCAACUUAUAUUUACAUUGAUCAUGGCGCCAGCGUGCUAUUACCUUUCUCACAAACUUGUGAUAACUUUAGGGGCUUUUGGACUAUUUUUAACGUAUUUGAUGGCAUGGUAUGGGCAGUCACUUAUAGCAAUGCAAAUUAUGCAGGUCAUAUAUGGAUUUGGGACAUCAGCACGUUUGGUCUUCUCCUCAUAUAUUUUUCUUCUUGUAGCAGAAGAAGAAUAUCAAACAAUGACCAGUUUAACUCAAACAGUUUCACUUUUGUCCUUCGUUUUGGCUUCUGAAUUGGGUCAGUUUCUUGCCCUUAAAGAAGCUGCGUACGAGAUAUUCUUUAUUAUCUCGCUCACUGCGCUAGGUGUUUGUUGCACCUCAACAUUCCUUUUGCCCAAGGAUCAUUCUUUGAGCUCUUUGCCUUCUCUGGCUAUACUUUGGCAUCCAAGUGAGGGAUGGAAUGCUAAACUGAAGGAAACAUGGAAUGGUCAGAGUUUGAAGAUUCUGUCUCUGUGGUGGGCAGUUGCAUUUGCUGGGAUAUCGUUGGUACAAAAUUAUGGAACAAAUCUCUUUGAUGCUAUUGAUCCACAAUCCAAAUUUAAUGGCCAUAUUCUUGCAGUAUCUGAAGCAGCAGGAAGUCUUGGUUCUUAUUAUGCCAUUUAUAUUGAUAAGUUUGCAGAUAGAUCACGCCAAUUAAUUUAUCUACUCGGAUCAGCAUUUAUGGGUAUUCUUUGCAUUAGCAUGGGAGUUUAUGCCAAUAUUUGGGGAGCAUAUGUUUUUUAUGUGACAAUUUGUGCAAUCUACCGAACUUUUGCUUGCCUUGUGAGUGUGCAAUGUGGACGUCUCCUACAAAAUGGACAAUUUAUCCUCCUAUUCUCAAUUAAUAAUUUUGCGGGGCUUUUAAUCGAGACAUUACUUCAAGCGGCAGUUGAACUAUCUGGUCUUUCAAUAUUCUCGCAGUUUAUUGCCUUUUCUGGAUUGUUCUUUGUUGCAACAGCUAUUUUUAUUUGCUUUUCAUACAUUGACAAUGGAAGAGAUACAUCAAAUAUGUAUUUGAUAUCAGAACCUGAACCCGAGUAAAUUCUGAGUGAUUGUGUCCCACAAGCUGGGUGAUACAAUUUGGGGGAGUUGAAACUAGCUAAACUUCCCUCUGAUAGUGUUGUUGACUUGGGGUAGAGUGGUGAACAGAAUUUGGAAGUCAUUGUGCUACGCAUUUGUUUGACUGCUUGGAGUAUCCAAGUGUUCGAGCAUGUUAUAUGAUCACUAUAAUUUUUUUUACCCUUCGGUUAAUUUGUCUUUGUACGAUUCUUUCACACGAUCUUGUUUGUAAACAGUUCUAUACGAAACAGAGCUACAGAGAGAAGUUACAGAGAUAUGCAGAAAAUUCAGAUUGUAUAUCAA